AUGACCACGAGACAAAGGAGAGGAGGCACAUCUAAAACCUCAAUAAGUGAAAAAGAACCGGCAGAAUCUGGCGGAGACAUCAAAGCCGAAUGUCCUGAUACUUACCGUUGUCCCAUGUUUUUGGCGUUAUUUCUGGUUCGCUUAUUGGGAGCGUGUAGUCAGAUUAUCAACGACUGUGAUGAAGUUUACAACUAUUGGGAGCCCUUGCAUUUGUUCCUUUACGAAGAAGGAUUUCAAACAUGGGAAUAUUCUCCAAUUUAUGCCAUAAGAUCAUACUUCUACAUCUACCUUCAUUAUAUUCCUAUCGUUUGUUUGGAUCACACAAGAUUUUCAAAAGCUACCGUCUUCUUAUUAGUUCGUGGAUUUCUAGCAAUCUUCUGUUGUCUGGGAGAAUUAUAUGCUUACAAAGCUAUUGCCAAAAACAUCAGGACUGGGAGAGUCUUCUUCAUUUUCACCAUGUUUUCAUCUGGAGUAUUCCAAGCAAGCCCUGCAUUUUUGCCAUCGUCUUUUUGUAUGACUCUUACUUACUUUACACUUGGAGCGUUUCUGAACGAGAGAUGGACCCUUGGCAUAUUUUGUGUCGCAUUUUCCACUUUGGUUGGCUGGCCAUUCGUUGCUGUUCUCGGAUUACCAUUUGUCGUGCUCAUGCUCUACGUUAAAGACUUGAAGUUCGAGUUCAUUGUUACUUCACUUCUUUUAGGAUCGAGUACUGCCCUUGUUCAAUUCUUAACUGACUCUUAUUAUUUCGGGAAACCAGUUGUUGCAUCGUUGAACAUUGUCCUCUACAACGUAUUGAGUGGUCCGGGACCUUCAUUGUACGGAGAAGAGUCUAUCAUAUUUUAUAUCAAGAAUCUGAUUCUCAACUGGAAUGUCGCUAUUUUUGCUUUUUUCGCAGGCGUACCACUCUCUUUCAUCGCAAUUCGAAAAGCAUUAAAAGAAGGAAAAUUGUCUACCUUCCUCGAAACCAAUACAUCAGUCAUUCUGUUAGCAGUGAGUGCAGCCUUAUGGAUGGUGAUUUUCGGAGCACAAGCACACAAAGAAGAACGAUUCUUAUUCCCCAUCUAUCCACUGAUCGCUUUCAUAGCCGCAAUCGUUUAUGAGCAUGUUUACGACCAGUGGCUCAAUCGUAUUUCAUUCAAAAAUGUCUUGAUCUGCUUCUUCUUUGGGAGUUUCGUACUGCUCUCUGCGUCCAGAUCCUUCUCAGUUUACCGAAACUAUAGCGGACAUGUUAAUAUCUACAGUUCUCUAAACGAAGAACUGGGUAAUACCGAGUUUUCAAGUGACACUGUUAACAGGGUUUGCGUUGGCAAAGAGUGGCACCGAUUCCCUUCUUCAUUCUUCAUUCCGAAAAUGGACCAUUCCGGACGGAAAGUUGAGUUCCACUUUUUGCAAAGUGAAUUUCGUGGACUUCUCCCAAAACCAUUCAAACGAGGCUAUAGUCGUAUUGAUUCAACCAGACACGAGCCUACAGAAAUGAACAAUUUGAAUAAAGAAGAGGUCUCAAGAUACGUUGAUUUGGAUUCCUGUAACUAUGUGAUCGACGUGGAUAUGUCAUCUACUGAGUUUGAGCCUAAUUUUAGAAACAUGUCAGACAAGUGGAUGGUUUUAGCCUCACACCCAUUUAUCGAUGUAUCUAAGUCUAGCGGGUUCGCCGGAUUGUUGCGUGCUUUCUACAUUCCAUAUUUUUCGGAAAAAGUCAACAAGAUGACUACGUAUACGCUCUAUCGAAGAAUUAUCAUCGAGAAAUGA